AUGCCUGAACGCCCAUUGGACGUUGGGAUUCGCGACAGGGGGGAGUAGAAACGCUACAGUUUGUGGCCGAAAUUUACCGGAGCCCCACCCAGAGGGCCAAGACGCCGAAAUCACAUUCAUUGUUUUUCUUUUCGACCCAGUGACGCAGUUCGACGCUCUCCAAUGAUUUUUACGUCAUUAUUUCGUAACAAAGGAGAGAGGACAACAGAAAAUUAAUAGAAAAGAGGUUCUAAAUACUUGUGACGAUUGGGAGAACAACUAACUCGGUGAAUAAUGUCACAACACGGAAUUCCACUGGACAUUCUCGAUGACCUGAGCAGUCGUUUCAUCAUAAACGUACCUGAAGAGGGGCGAAAAGACCUGGUGAGAAUCUGCUUUCAAAUAGAACUAGCCCACUGGUUCUACAUUGACUUCUACUGCACCGAGGAGAACCCCCGUAAUCUCCACUCAUGUGGAAUGAAAGAGUUUGCAACCCACAUAUUCAAUCACAUCCCCUUCCUGCAGCCAAAUCUCUCUCGAAUAGAUUCUGUGCUGGAGCAGUGGAGGGAGUACAAGCAGAGUGUGCCGACAUUCGGGGCGAUUGUCCUGAAUGAGGACAUGACGAAGGUACUGUUGGUGCAGAACUACUGGGCGAAGAACAGCUGGGGUUUUCCCAAGGGCAAAGUCAAUGAGGACGAGGAUCCCAGCCACUGCGCUGUUCGCGAGGUCCUGGAGGAGACUGGCUUCGACAUCUCCAAGCUGAUUGAUAAGAACGAGUACAUCGAGUCGACUAUUAAUGACAGACUCGUCAGGUUGUACAUUAUUACUGGGGUACAGAAAGAUACCAAGUUCAUGCCCAGGACGAGGAAGGAGAUUAAGAGUGUUGAGUGGUUCUCACUCAUGGAUUUGCCCAAUAAUCCUAAGGACAUGACGCCCAAGGUCAAGAUGGGGGUGGGACCAAAUGCAUUUUUCAUGGUUGUUCCUUUUGUCAGACGAAUGAAACGAUGGGUUCUGGAGAAACAGCAGAAGGACAAGCAAUUGUCAACAACUGCCAAGAGACAUAGGCACAAGUCCCUUGGGGAGGCUGAGAGUGGAACGAGAAACAGACGCCAAGGGCUUCAGCUGCAGAAUGGAUGCUCUGAUAUGAAGAACGAACGUCAGUCCAACACUUCCCCAAUGGGUCAUCGUCGUACAGCAAUGAACAAAAAUCUGCCCAAGAAUUCCGAUAAAAAUUCAAAAGGAGCGAUCAAACGAAAUCUAUUUGGUGAGCCAGGUGACGAUAGAAGCACAAAAUCCCCAUCAGCCCUCGCCAAGCAAUUAAUUGACAGCCCAAGGGUUGAGACUCAGACGUUCGUCAAGCAAAAUCAGCGAAAAUCUCGGUUUGAAACCGACAGAAGAGAGAAGAAUGUGCACACCCUGCUGAACGAUGCAGUGAGAAAAAUGCACCUCAAUUCCCACGAGUCCUGCGAUAUCUAUCAAUUCCAACCCAGAGGCUGGAUGGACUUCUCAUUCGACAGACAAGCGGUGCUAAAUUGUAUUUAAUUUUCCAUUGAAUUUCUUCCUUAUGUAAAAACGAAAUUGAAUUCUACUCUAUGAUUUAUGAUACUUGACAUGUGAUAUUGAUGAUAAAACGCCAUUUGGAUUAAGUAUUAAGGAUGUGAUCUCAGUGCCGCAGCUCAUGUACUCCUUUUUUUUAUUUUUGUUUUUAUGUUGAAAUUAUAUAUGAAAAAUGGAAAUAAAUUUUUUUCAAGAUA